AUGAGCGACAUCUCCGGGCUCACCAAAGCCUCGCUCUUCUCGGGCGCCAGCGGCUCAACAGCCAAAGGGCUCCACGACUUUUUGGAUCGCUCUGCUCCGGGCUACGGAGCCUUGUCACGUUUCUUCUCGACCUGGCUCAGGCUCGACCUUACCACGAUCAUUCUCCUCAUCUCUUUCGGUGGCGAGAUCCCUAGAGCGCUGACGGGCCUUCAGAACCUCGGAGCUCAAAUCUACUGGUGGAUCACGCGCUUCUUUACGGCCUCGAUCUCGAUAGGGAGCAAAGACAAGCUCAACAGGGAGGUUCUCAACUGGCUGGGCGCCCACGUUCUCACCAAGAAGGGCACUCGCAUUCUGACGGCGCGGACCGAGGUGAUCCAGAACGAGGCAUGGUACUUUCGAAAACCGGUCCAGCGAGACGACCUGCGUCACGAGAAGAGAGUUCCUGUCCAGUAUCUGCCGACGUUUGGUACGACCUGGUUCGUACACAAGGGGGGGUUCUUCAUGGUGCGGCGUGUGUCGACUAGGAACCUCGGGUCUGCCUACGUCGGAAUCCCCGACGAGUACUCUGCCGCUCCCGAAGGCAACGAGCCGCUGGUUGUGAUGCGACUGGGGCGCGCGAUCCAGCCCGUCAAGGCCUUUCUGGAUGAUUGCCGCAUCUUCGCAGACAAGCAACGCGAGGCUUUCAUCACGGUCAGAGCGACGAAGAACGAGCACCACCAGAUAUCCUGGGACACAACCAUCCUACGUCCGAUACGGGCGCUGGAAACGGUGCACUUUGACGAAAAGAUGAAGGAGGAGCUCGUGGCUGACAUAGAGACGUAUCUCAACCACAAGACGAGGAGGUUUUACACCGAGAGGGGAAUCCCCUACAGGAGAGGUUAUCUCUUCCACGGACCGCCUGGCACGGGCAAGACGUCCUUGUCUCUCGCUCUUGCGGGCUACUUCAACCUCGAGCUGUAUCUGCUGCACAUCCCGAGCAUCCGAGACGACAACGACCUGGAGAACCUCUUCACGGCGCUUCCCCCCAAAUGCAUCGUGCUGCUCGAGGACAUUGACGCCAUCGGGAUCCAACGCCGGAAGAAGGUCGACUCGGACGAUUCCGCGUCGGACGACAGCAGCAGCGACGAGGACAAGGACAGCGGCAGGUCCAUUGGAAGAUGCCGCUGCACACUCUCGGGCCUUCUCAACGUCCUCGACGGGGUCGCCUCCCAGGAGGGCCGCAUCGUCUUGAUGACUUCGAACCUGGCCCACAAACUGGACAAGGCGUUGGUCAGGCCGGGGCGGAUCGAUAAGAUGGUAUACAUGGGGAAGAUAUCGAGCCACAGCGCCAGGGGCAUGUUUGAGCGCAUGUACCGGCCGCAGAUGUCGACCGAAGGUGCAGCAGCUCUUUCGGGGGGAGACGCCGAGCUCGUGAAGAACCAAGAAGAGGAAUUCGAUGUCCUUUUGGACAGCUUCAGCCGCCAAGUGCCCGAUGACAUCUUCACGCCAGCACAGCUGCAGGGCUACUUGCUCCGUCACCGGAACUCGCCAGACGCGGCCAUCGACUGCCUCCAGGCGUGGAUCACGGAGGAGAAGGCCGCCAUGGAGGAGGCGCAGCGACGGAGAAAGGCGUCAGCCGAGCGGAAAUCAAGGAGGAAGAAGAGGAAAACGUUGAGAAAGUUGAAGGCGCGCAGGGACUCGUCGUCUCCGAGCACAAAGAGAGAAGGGAACAAAGUAGAACGGGUCAACGGAGUAGAGGUUGAGACUGCGAGAAAGGUCCCCAUAGAGACGGCCAACGACGCCGCUGAAAAGCACAAGAGCUCCCAGGCUGAUGUGGCGAAAACCGGACAAGUGUCCAACGUUAAGGGCUCCGAAGCAGAGUUGAAGGCAACGAAUGGUACUUUAGACAGUAGAGAAACAGCAACGGUUGGCAUGUAA